UGCAGGCGUACAAUCAUGAGCAGCUUACGACACUCAGUGAACACUAGGUGCCUCUGCAUGCUCUAGCAACAUACUGCUCAGCUGAAGGGAAGGGAUUCUUGCUGUCUCUCUCUGCUCUAAGCAUCACCUAACAAGCAAAGCGAACAAAGAAUGGGAAAUAAAGCUACCCUUAGCCGGUCAGUGAAUGAAUGGUAAUCUCUCUAUGGAGUAAAGGUUGUGCCGGUCAAUGGUCGUUGCAAAUGAUGGACAUUAAACAGAUUGACAAAUCCUGUGGAGUCGUUAGUAAAGAGUUUGGAGUUUUUUUCACGCCACAGUGUUAACUGCAGAGAAAAGGACAGAGGGAGAAGGAGAAGAUCAAGCUCAUGUACAUAGUUCUGAAACUUGCAGGUCCUAGGAGUCAGCUAAAAAGCUAGCUGGACAAGCCUUUCGCUCUUUGAGCAGAAGCGAAGUGAGACAUUGUGAGCUUGCCAGCCUUGCACAAAAUUGAAAGGGACUGAAUUUGUAGCACAGAGGGGUCUUUUUUAGCUCUGCAUAUAAUUAGUCCAAACACAAAGGAAGCAACUGAAUGGAGGUUGUCACUCUCUGGAAAAGGGUGGGUAAGACACUUUUUAAUUAAAUUCUUUCAUGAAGAAAGAUUUUUUUUUCUUUGCUGCAGCAUUUAACAUGAACAAAAUCACUAUCAUUUUACCUUUGAAUGUCUGUGAACUUUAAUGCUGCACAGCUCCUGCAUGCUGUAAAGUGAAAUAUUUGCCUCUGUGUUUGUUCUGUUUGCUGUUUUGCUUUGGUUUUUUGGCUUUGUUUUGGUUUUUGUUUUUUUCCCUUAAAUAAAAUAUGAUGUAGAAUUUGAAAAGAUUCAAUGGACAUUCUCAAGCAUAUUUGGAAAUAUUCUUGCUAAUGGAUUUCCUUCUUAUCGGUCUCUGUUUAAACUGGCUGCUGAGGAAGCCCCCGGGGUUGAUAUUGUGUACGCUGGGUAUCUUUUCUAAAAUGCUUCCAGCCGUGAAUAGUGGGUGUCCACAGCUAUGUCGGUGUGAGGGCAGGCUUUUGUACUGUGAAUCACUGAAUCUUACAGAGAUGCCUCGCAACCUGUCGGGCAUGAUGGGCUUGUCUCUGCGGUACAACAGCCUUUCAGAGCUGCAUGAUGGACAGUUCACAGGGUUAAUGCAGCUCACGUGGCUCUAUCUGGAUCACAAUCACAUUUGCUCAGUGGAGGGGAAUGCCUUUCAAAAAUUGCGGCGAGUUAAAGAGCUCACCCUGAGUUCCAACAAAAUAACCCAACUGCCCAACACCACUUUCCGACCCAUGCCAAACUUGCGCAGUGUGGAUUUAUCGUACAACAACCUACAGUCUUUGGAGCCUGACCUGUUUCACGGGCUGAGAAAACUAACAACUUUGCACAUGCGGUCAAACGCCAUCAAGUUUGUGCCAGUGAGAAUUUUUCAGGACUGUCGCAGCCUGAAGUUUCUAGACAUAGGAUACAAUCAGUUAAAGAGCCUGGCUCGAAACUCUUUUGCAGGCUUGUUCAAACUCACUGAGCUGCACCUCGAGCACAAUGACUUGGUGAAGGUGAAUUUAGCCCAUUUUCCCAGGCUCAUCUCCCUGCACUCUCUCUGCUUGCGAAGGAAUAAAGUUACCAUCGUAGUAAACACUUUAGACUGGAUAUGGCAACUGGAAAAAAUGGAUCUCUCCGGCAACGAAAUCGAAUACAUCGAACCUCACGUUUUCGAAAGUGUACCUCACCUCAAAUCCCUGCAGCUGGACUCCAACCGGCUGACCUACAUCGACUCCCGAGUCCUCGACUCCUGGAAGUCCCUCACUAGCAUCAGCCUUUCUGCAAACGCCUGGGAUUGCAGCCGUAACGUUUGCGCCCUGGCCUCCUGGCUGAGCAACUUCAAGGGUCGCUACGACAGCAAUCUGCUCUGUGCCACCCCUGAGUACGCGCAGGGCGAGGAUGUUUUGGACGCGGUGUACGCUUUCCACUUGUGCGAAGACGCGGCGGACCCAACGAGCGUUAACACCUUCUCCCCGGUAACGAACAACAGCGACCAAACCUUCAGCUACGGCUCUGCCACCGCCACGUACGACGUGCAGGACAGCGAAGGGGACCUGACAACAUACCCUAUAACCAUGACCAUGCCCAGCGAGAACUCGGAGAAUGCCGUUCAGAUUCACAAGGUGGUGACGGGGACCAUGGCACUGAUUUUUUCCUUCCUCAUCGUGGUUUUAGUGUUGUACGUCUCCUGGAAGUGCUUUCCAGCCAGCUUAAGGCAACUAAGACAGUGCUUUGUAACACAGCGCAGAAAGCAGAAGCAAAAACAGACCAUGCAUCAAAUGGCUGCCAUGUCAGCCCAGGAGUAUUACGUUGAUUACAAACCCAACCACAUUGAGGGAGCCCUGGUGAUCAUUAAUGAGUACGGAUCUUGUUCCUGUCACCAGCAGCCAGCGAGGGAAUGCGAGGUGUGAUUUUCCUUUGGGAUUUAAACAGUGUGCAACCAAAUAACAGUGUGCAGGCAGACAGUGGCACGGGGGGGAUUGCUGUGCUUUGCUGGUGAUUUCUGACGUGCUCCUCUGCUGAAAUUCUUAAGAGGGGCUGUCUAAAAGACUUAAUAUUUUAGCUUUAUUGUGUCUUAAAAUCUUCAGGACAGUCGAUCUUAAGAUUUCAUAUGCUAAUACUCCCUUUGAAGAUCUGUCAAUAUUCAGGAAUCUGAGAGUGUAAAAAGGUACCAAUUAUUGAUCUUUUGUAAACUAAGAAAACUGUUUAAAAUAAAAAAAAUAGCAUUUACAGUUUUUACAGACUGGUGUAUAUUACAUGAAUUGUUCCCUGUAUACAAAAUGCAACAGUUUAACCUCUUUUUCUCCUCACACUGAGUGUUGAAAUGAAAGUCUAGGAGCAAAGAAGCCACAUAAAAUAGCAAGCUUAAAAUUAACCAGAUGGCUUCACAUUGUAAUUAGUACACAUUCACUUACAUCAUGUUACUGAAGAUAUGAAGCAUGACACUGGAAUUAUAUUUUUGUUAAUGUGCUACCUGUAACUGGAUGUCAGUACAACAAGGAGCCAGUCACCUCAGAAAGGCUAAAGUUUUGACCGUGUCCCUGGGGCAGGAUUUCUGAGGAUUUUUAAGUACAGCUCACUUGUUAGUUGCUGUAAGAUCCAUAAAAACUGCAUCAUAACCCCUGAAAGUAUUUUGUAUCAAAACUGAGCAUAUUGAAAAGUCUCACUUAAAAGAAAAAAAAAACAGCAACAAACAACAAAACCCAAACUGAAACACUGCCAAAAAAAAGUGCUUAUCAUCAUCUUCUUUAAAUCAAAUAAGACGAAAAAAAUAUCUAAAUUUAAGGGCUUUUACUAGUGUUUCCCACUUUUAUGCUUGUUUUGAGAUAUACUAAGAGCAAAGAAACCCUUGCUUUGUGCACUGUGGUGCCAUGGUGAAUGGAGAAGAGCAAUAGCUAUUCUUUUCUCAGUGGUGAAACCUGUGUGUGUUGCAAGAGUAAAACCUCAGCUGUAACACUGUCAGAGUAAGAGAGUUAUUAGAGCAUACUUCUGGUUCCUAUAGAAAACUGCUAGCAAAGCCUGUCUCGUGUCCUUCACUUUCACCACCAGCCUUCACUAACAAAACAACUCUAAAAUCUCUGCAGAGGCUGAAAGUAUACGAACCCUCCUUACUAAUGACUGAUAAAUGGACUUGAUGGAUAUAAGCACUGAUUUAAUAAUGUAGAAUCACACAGCUGUUUUAUUUGACUGCCCUUAAAUAAAGGCUUCCUUUCCUUGUAUUUUGGAUUUUUCAUUCCAGUAUGUGAACAACCUACUGACUGAUCUUUUCACCAACUCUCAUAUUAAUGAAGAUGAGGUAGCUUUAUAACAUCAGGCAGAGCAUCUUGAAAUUUUCUUCAUACAGCAUUACAUGCUAAUAAAAUGUUACGGUUAAUGAAUUGGGUAACAUUUCUAUGCUUUGAACAUAUUUCACUAUCCUUAGAUUACCACCAAUAGUGGAAAAAAAAUCAGAAAUCUGAGAUAUAUUUUAAUUUAACACAGCUUUUUUUUCUUUAUUAUAGCAUCAAAGUGACACCUACUCUUAAAAGGCUACAGCAGACUUAUAAAGUAGAGAAUAGACAUGGAAUAAACAAUUUUUUUUUCCUGCAUAGCAGGUUUUAGCCAUUAAUUUUAAACACAAAGAGUGGAUUUUAAUUUUUUUUUCUGAUUGAAGCUAUUUUUAGGGAGUCAGAACUUUCCUCUAUUUGCUACAUCUCAUCAUGUUUAAUAUUAAGUAUGACAAUGGCUUUUUAAUACAAAAAAAAAUUUAGUAUGACUAUAAUGAAAGCAAUGAGAUUAUGUACUGGGAGUGGACUUUUUCAUAGAAAAUUUAAUGAAAAUCAACUGCUAUUUUACUAAAGCCAUUGAAAAUUCACCCACAGCUUUGAAACAAGCUAGCACUGUUAAAACUAGGCUUUUCUCUGUUUCAACAAAUGCAUAUUUCUGUUUCUAUGCCUCAAACCCACAAGGCCCUGAUUCGUCAUGAAACUCUCAAAUGACCUGAUGGGUUGAGUGUCCAGAUAUGAACCUAACAGUGAGGGCAGAGAGUAGGUAAGGAGCCCCUCGUUUCUUUGGGUGUCUGACCACAUUCCAAUAGAAAAUAUUUUAUGCCAUUUUAAAUGAGGACCAAAAUAUACAUAUUAUCCCCAUUAAAUCCUUCUCUGAAAUCAUUAGGGAAUUUAACUGUGAAAAAUUGGCUCUCUAACAUUGGACUACAUUAUUUGUUCCUCAAAUCAACAUGCAGCACUGCAACCAGAAGAACUGAUUACAGCUAGUUGCCAGGAAUAUUCCAAAAUCAUCCAAGAUUGUUAUGAUAUUGUCUGCAUAUGGUAAAAAAAAAAAAAAGAAUUAGCUUUAUUUCUAUAGUGACCCCCUGUUGCUAUAAGGAAACGUAUUGGUGCAGUCAUGGUUCUUGCCCUGGAAAUUUGAUGCAGGACUGAUACCGACAAACAAUCAUCCUGUGGUUGUGUUUCUAUGUAUUUUUAACAUAUUUGUGGGCUGUAUUUUAAACACACUAGUGAUUGCACCCCUCUGGAAUGAUUCCUGCUGUUUAUUGGUGUUAGCAACCUCAAGCUAUGUUUGCAAAGACGUGAGCAAUUCUGUCUUUGGAAUUUAUUCACCUCUGUGCUUCAUGCAUCUUGCAUUGACAGCUCAAGUAAACUGAACAGAACAUUUUUCUUUAAAGGUACAGUGAUUGCCUAAGUGAGAACUGAUUUCACUAUUGCCUGUUGCCAUUUCUCCUGAAGAGAGGUAAUGACCACCAAUGACUUGCCAUCCUUAGCAGGAUGAUGGAUGGAUCUUCCAUAUAGAGCUCAGCAUUUAUUAAAUUUCAGAAAACAAUGCAUUUCAAAAUCUUCAUGCAGAAAUCUUUUCUAAGGAGAACAUCUUCUAGAGACAACAUCCUAAUGAUCUCCAGAGGAUACCUGGAGAUCUGGAUACCCUCUGAAUAUCUAAUGGUGGAAAGAGGGGUGUCACUGCUAUUACAUGGCACUCUACACCUAGUCUGAAAGCUUAUGUGAAAAAAUUAUGGACUGUAAAGAAAUAAAGGAGGAAGUAUUUCAUUUCAGUCCAGCUACUGCAAAUCCAGUUACUCAUCCUGCUCCAGGUUGCUUGCACUGGUAUAUAUGAGAGUUAUUAUGUUUGUACUGUAUUUAUAGCAACUGCAGGGACAAAUUUUCCCUUUCUUCCAAAUCUCAUGUUCACCAACUGUCCAAAGAUAUGUCAUUCCCUCUCUGUUGAUGCACUUAUUCUGGCUUACGAAAUGGCUCAAAAAAAAAAAAAAAGAUGCUUUGGGGAUUAGAUGUAACAGUUUGUUGUCCAGAAGGUGUUUAUGGAAUACUGAAGGAAUGAAAUCUUUUUAAAUAUUCCCCUUUUAAUGUUCCACUUAAUAGGACUAAUCUUCCUUUUAUAGCUAGGUAAUUAACAUUAUUUUCUUUUUAUUUAAGUGUCUUUUAACAUCCAAGACAGGGUGAAAUGCAAGCAAAAGAACUACCUUUUUUUGAAGAUGGUUAACACUACCAGUGUUACAGAUCUCUAAUAUGCAAUCUCUUGCUGCUAACAUCAAUACACGCUCACAGUGCACCCAGUGCUGAAGGAACUGUUGCUGUGUAUGCUUUGAAUGUAUAUAAGGGAUGAUUUAUUUUCCAUUCUGUCUUUUUCCUUCCUUUCUGUACUACUUUAAAGAAAAAGUUAUAUGAAACCACAGAAUCAAUGCUAAUGUACCACAUUCUGUUUCUGCCCUGAAUAUAUAAAAUACAAAGAAA